AUGGCCGCCAAGAUCCUCCUCGCGGCUCUCCUCGCCGUCCCUGCCAUCGCCAAAACCGACCUGUCGGGCUGCACGUCGUACGACUCGAUCCUCUUCCAAGGCAACUCUCCCUACGUCUCCAAGAUUUACUACGUUCCCGACACUGGCGAGGUCUGCGAGUUCCUCGACUGUGGCGGCGGCCGGGCUCCCCCCAAGACUACCGUCCCCGGCUGCGACUCGUACGAGGGCACCGAGACGUACUCGCCGCGCUUCAUCAACCCCAAGACCCUCGGCGAUGUGGCUUCCGAGACUGCGGCUGCUGGUUCUGAGACGGAGGAUUCUACUGCUACUAUUACUGAGGCUCCUUCUUCUACUGGAAAGGCUGGAUCCAAGACUACUGACGAGUCUGAGGAGGAAGAGACAACCGCUGAGGACGAGGAGACGACUACUGCUGAAGAGGCUUCAACUGCUGAGGACACCACCGCCGAGGAGACCACUGCCGUCGAGCAAACCACAACCACCAAGGACGCUUCCAAGACCAUCACCACCGUCACCACUCAAGGAACUCCUGCUGCCGGCUCCGGUGCCGCCUCCUCCGGCUCCGAGUCCGAGACGGAGGCGGCCGCCACCCCGGCCUCGACGGUUUCCACCGGUGGCGCCGUCAUGCCCACGGCCGGCGCCUUCCUCGGCUCGUGUCUUAUGGCCGGUGCCAUGUACGCUGGACUGCUGUAA